AUGGCUUCGCACCAAUUCCCCGAUACCCUGCGCGGUAAAAAGAUUCUCCUCGCCACCGAAUCAUGGGGUCCCGUCAACGGCGUCUCCCGCACAACAAGGAGUCUGGUAGAGUAUCUGCGCGCCAACGGCGCAGAGCUCACUCUAGUCGCGCCAGUCUUCAAAGGCAAACAAUCAUUCUCGACCUCUGAGCUCCGUCUCCCGGGCUGUCCCCUCCCCUACAACCCCGAUCUGACAGUCGUGUAUCCAUUCCAUGUUGACGACAUCUUCGACAAAUUCACCCCCGACCUGAUCUACCUCGCCAGUCCAGCUUCCCUGGGGUUCCAGAUGCUGUUGCAAAUAAGACAGUUGCGCAAUCCUCCGCCCGUGCUGUUGAAUUUUCAAACAGAUCUGUCUGCAUACGCGGAGAUCAUGCUUCCUGCUCCGCUGGACCGCUUUGGCGUCUGGUUACUUGGUACCGUGCAGGGCUUUCUUUUCCGGACUGCGGCUGUGCAGACCAUUUUCUAUCCUUGUCGGGAUAUACGAGGUUAUCUGGAAAGUGUGCGCGCGCCAGCUGACAGGCUUGUGGAGCUUGGAAGGGGCGUUGACACGACAUUAUUCUGUCCCGCCCGGCGUGACGAACAAUUUCGAAGCAUGGUCGCGCCAAACGGGGAGAUAAUCUUGAUCACCGUUUGUCGAAUCGCGCCAGAGAAGGGAUUCGAGUUCCUUGCGCGGGUCGCUGAGCGACUGGUCGACGAGAAGGUGGCGUUCAAGCUGCUGAUUGUGGGCGGGAAUCGGAAUCCAAUUGUCGAGGACAAGGUGCAGAGGUUAUUUGACAGAGUCAGAGAUCGGGCCAUCUUUACGGGAUUUCUGACUGGAGAUGCGCUGUCCAGAGCUUAUGCAUGCGCCGAUUUGUUCUUGCAUUGCUCGGUCACUGAGACCUUUGGGCUGGUUGUGCUCGAGGCCAUGGCGAGCGGGGUCCCGGUCAUUGCGCGCGAUCAGGGUGGGCCUUCAGACAUUAUUCAACAUGGCCGGACAGGGUAUCUGAUCCCGCCGCGUGAUUUGGAGACAUUCGUCCACCGAAUCAGAGAUGUGACUGGCGAUCGAACCCGUCUGGGGGAGCUCGCGGGGGCCGCUCGUCGGUAUGCAGAUGAGACUACCUGGGAGAAGAUCAACUGUCGGGCUGCCAGACAUAUGGCAGAAGUGCUAUCGCACACAGACCAGGAGUCACAGGUACCCCGGCAGGUUGCUCGGCCUGGUGCGAUUGGGACGUUCUUCGAGCAGCUCCGGUUGAUGCUUGCACUGGGACUUGUCUAUUUCAUGUGGCUGAUCUCUGUCGUACCCCUUAUUGUCCAUGGGAAUCGGUUCUUACCUCGCGCCUGGCAGGCCCUGCAAGGUCAGUUCCAGGGCACUCGGCCAUUGCGCACUUAA